GGCGGCCGGGCUCACGUGCGGGCGGCCGGCGAUCCUCUUCCUCGGGGUACCAUGGUUCAUCCGGAGACUCUGAACCUCAAUAACGAGGUUGUGAAGAUGAGAAAAGAAGUGAAGAGAAUCCGAGUGUUGGUUAUCCGGAAGCUUGUCAGAAGUGUCACUAGGCUGAAGUCAAAAAAGGGUGCUGAAGAUGCACUGCUAAAAAACCAGCGACGGGCCCAGCGAUUGCUUGAAGAAAUCCAUGCCAUGAAGGAGUUGAAACCUGAUACAGUAACUAGAUCUGCUCUUGGUGAUGAUAUCAACUUUGAGAAAAUUUGCAAGAAGCCCGAUUCCACUGCAGCAGAGAGAGCGGUUGCCAGGCUGGCGGCUCACCCCCUCCUCAAGAAGAAGGUCGACGGGCUGAAAGCUGCUGUGCAGGCCUUUAAAGAUGCAAGACAGAAUGUUGCUGAAGUUGGAUCAUCAGAGAGCACUUCACAAGAGAAUCCUUCCAAGGAUGGUUUGUGUUCAAAAGACGAUGGGAGCAAGUCACAAGAAGGGGUCAUUAGCAGUGAACAGAAAAUGCAAGAAACCAAAGUACUGGGUAAGAAACAAAUUAGUAAUUCAACAGAAAAAGUGACCAAGAAGAAAGAUGGACCAAGAGCAGGGAAGACCGCUGCGCCUUCUCCAUCCAAGGCUUCAGGGAGGGGUUCUGCAGUUGCCCUCAAAUCCCAGAAGACACCUGCUGAGCCAGAGGUGAGAACGCUAAGUCAGACCUCGACCAGGGAAGCGUCUGAAAGCUCCCGGGGCGAUAGCAGUGACGACGAGGCAGGGGUGCGGCAGGAGGAGUAUUUUGACGACAGCACAGAGGAGCGGUUUUACAGGCAGUCCUCCAUGUCUGAGGAGGAGAGUGACAGCGGAGAUGACUUCUUCAUUGGAAAAGUGAAACGCACUCGGAAGAAGGACCGUGGUUGCCAUGGUUCCGUUGAGGAACACAGACCUCCCCAGAAGGUGUUACCCAAGCAGCAUGCGCAGGAAGCACAUCGGGAUCAUGGAAAUGACGAGAGCAAGUCAAGUAUGGAAGCCAGGAAAUUCGAAUCUGUGUUUUUCCACUCCUUAUCUGGAGCCAAAAGCUCUAAAAGCAGUAUCAGAGAACAGGCCCCAAAGAGCAGAACCCUGGAUUUCACACAAGACAAACCUCAGAUCAAGAGUCAGUUCCGGAAGAACACACAGAAAGGGCCACAAAACACGAAACCGCCGUCGCAGCUGCCCCUGCAUCCUUCCUGGGAAGCGAGCAGGAAGCGGAAGGAGCAGCAGUCGAAAAUUGCUGUGUUUCAGGGGAAAAAAAUCACUUUUGAUGAUUGAUUAGUGGUACCUUUUUUGUAAAUUAAAAUUUUUUCUUUAACUCGCCUAUUUAAAUGAAUAUUUAAUACCUCCUUGAAGAAAGGUAGAAUGUGUUUGUCUUUUUCCUUCUUGCAUCCAAAUUAUUUUUCAUAAGUCAACCUGUAUACUUACUAACAUAAUAAUAUACACCAGGUUGUUUCCCCCAUAAAAGAACUUGGGGAAUAUGGGGGUCACAGGUUUUGCCAUUUGUGCUUCUAAGAAGUGUAUGUCACUAGUUCAGUUCUGUUUUGUGGCUUAAAGUAACUGUUAGGAUACGUUAAAAUAGAUCGCCUCUGUUGAAAGUUAUUUUUGUUAGCAAAAGUAAAAUAUGGAUGUACAAAUAACAAUUAUUGUUUUGAUUACUGUUACUA